AUGACUGCCACCAUGGCAGAAAUCAGUGAAGAGGUGGCAGUCAAUCCAGAUGCGCAGGCGGCAGUGACUGAUUUCCUGGACUACACUGAAUACCUGCCCGCCGACCUUAUUCGCUCUUUGACUCUCAUCCAACAACUGGACGAAACAUAUCUUCACCAUGCAGACACUGUGCAUGCUCUGACACACACUUAUGGGACUCUACCCACGAUUCAGCUCAACGAGCGGCCGGACGCCUUCGGGUUGAGAUCUGAUAUUUCGCGCCAGUUAGACUUGGCCCUGAAUGCAAGAGAGUCUGCUUAUGCAGAAGCAAAAAGGCUGUUUGACCUCACGGAUCGCCAUCAAGAUCGACUGAGGAGCAUUAUAGGCAAGCUCAAUGCUCUUCCCAAACCACCUUCUCGAGAUCCUACCCCUCAACCGCAAGCCCCAAGCGCUGGGAAGACGUCGCGUACAGGAAGAAAGCUCAACGGGUCAGUGCCUCGACUGCUCCUGAAAGGUCCCCAAGGCACUAUUGCCUCGUCUGUGCUUCCAAGACCGCGCCAUAAACGUAUCACAGUUCCUGGUGAGGUAAUGCCACCUUAUGAUCCAGAUGAGCCUAUAGCUAGCACAGAAGUGUCUGAUUGGGAAUCUGAUCCUCCAUCCCCUGUCAAAGCACCUGUCCUAAAGCUGCCGAAACAGCGUCCCAUAGUUGAACAUGAACGAAAACCUAGAGAACAUCGGGAGACCUCAAGUUAUCGCAAGCCUACCCCUCCUCCGGACGAUGCACAAGCAGGAAGCAAUUGGAAGCCUUGGACACGCCUCUCGGACUAUGAGAUGUAUAAGCUACGAAAAAAGAUGAAGAAGAACCAUGCCUGGGAACCAAGCGACGUUAUGAUCCGAAGAGAGCUUGCAGAGAAAGGUCGAGGUUGGGACAAUUACUACAAGGCACGAGCCGCGGCUCAGGCGAGUGGCACACCGUUCCUAGACGUCGACAAUGCCGACAAGGAGCAAGUUCCAUCGAUUCUCCAAACUGAGGCGUCUAAGUCCACGAGCAAGGAUGAACCAUCCUCUAGACCCAAACCUAGAAGAACCGAAUCGAAAAAGGAGAAGAAAGAAGAAACACCAAAAGACCCUGCCGCAAGAGCAGCUCACGAAGCUGAAUUGGCGGCUCGAAAGCUUGGGGAUAUCGGCUCCACGUUUAAGAAUCUGUUCAGUCCAUUCUCGACGGCACUUCAGUCGCUCAAAACAGCUACAGGCACAGCUUCACCAGUAACCACACCAAAGGUCGAGAGCAAGCCACCGAAGAAGAGGAAGAUUGCGGAGACAGCAUCGACAACUCCGUCCUCUGAGCCCGAGUCACAGGCUAAGAAGAAACAGAAGAUCCUGCCUAAGCCAUCACCACUCGCCCUGCCUGAGCAAGCCACACCCACGCUUGCCAACACAAACACCAUUACAAUCCCUCCCAUCAAGCUCAAGGUGUCAGUCCAGCCGAGUGCGCCUGCAGCAACGAGGCCUGCUGCCCCCUCUCGAUCUGUCAGUACGCAAAAACCCGUUCCCGCGCCUGCUCCUGCUCCUACCCCUACGCCAGUACCAGCCAAAGUAGAAGCCACUCCCCCACCCACAAGGCCAUCAUCACGAAAAUCUGCUGCUGCCUCGAUAGAGCCCAGUACGGUACAUUCCACCAGGCAAAGUAGGAGGUCGUCAGUCACACCUGCUACUACGGCGGCACCUCUCCGCAAGACGCCUCUACUAGAGACGACUCCCAAAGCAGUGGUCACCGCAGCUAGUAGUCGCAGCAAGCGUGAGCCACCAGGUACGGUCACUCAGUCUAGCCAAGAUGGAGGUGCUGCUGUCAGCGUCAGUAAGCGCAAAGAGAAACCGAACAAGGCAAGCAAGGCGCAAGCACCGAAAUCCACGCCAGAUGCCAAGGCACAGCCUGAGCCUGAAGUGCGGAUUGAUAUUGACGGCAACCAAGAACUUCUUGAUCCCGGAGAAGAGCGAUAUUGUGUGUGUGGGGAUGUGAGUUGGGGAGAGAUGAUCUGUUGUGAGCUCGACGACAAGUGCGAAUUCGGGCAAUGGUUUCAUAUGGAUUGUGUGUCGCUACAUGAUAUGCCACCACGGACAGUGAAAUGGUUCUGUCCUGGGGAUCGAAAGAAACUUCACAAAGGCGAAUCCACCAACGGUCUGGUUGGAAGGACAAUCAAAUAA